AUUCAGCGUUGAAGUGCAUGUGUAAUUCUGUAAUAUAUUGGUAGUUUUUUUUCGGAAAUAAUUAAAAUAUAAACAACCAAAUUUUAAAUAGUUAAAUUUUGAACAUUUUGCUUAAGCCACUGCCGUUUUAAAGCUUCAUUCUGAAAAUUAUCUAUUAAAAUUUAAGAAAUAAACAAGGAAUAUGGAAUCUGAUGACGACUCCUUCGAGAUUGAGAAUGUUGACUCUGGCAAUGUGUCGUCAGGUGAUGAGGGUGACGAUGACUUCGCUAUGGAGGUUGACAUUCCCACAUCGCAUGAGCGCCAAAACGACACCGAAGAGUUUCAAUAUGAAGUGUUGACCACCGACGAAAUUGUACAACACCAACGUGAGAUUAUUGAUGAUAUCAAUAACGUUCUCAAGGUAAGUGGAGGGCAUGAAUGAGUGCUAGUGCAAUACCAGUUUAGUGUA